UCAUACGCAGCUGUCAAAUAGGUAUUCUUGAAGAUUUUACGCAUUUUAAACCAUAAACAUCAGCUUUUUCAAGACAUAUUUACGGGCAUUUACUAUACGGUACAUAAGUAUUAAUUUUAACGUUUGCGGAACUAUAAUACCGUCCAGCGAGGUGAUGGACUACAAAUUCAAGCAGAUUAUUUGUAAAACCUCAAAUUAAACGUUACGCUUUCUGUCAUUAAUCAUAAGCUUGCAUCAGACGUGGGAAAUGGAGGACGAUGCACCUAUCAUAUACGGCCUCGAAUUUCAGGCUCGUGCACUUACUUCACAGACAGCUGAAUCAGAUGCCAUUCGCUUCCUUGUGGGCACCCAGUCCCUCAAAUUUGACAAUCAGAUCCACAUCAUUGACUUUGAUGAUGAGAAUAACAUCAUUAGUAAGAGCGUCCUGCUGCACCAGGCAGGGGAGAUAUGGCACAUCAGCGCCAGUCCUGCAGAUAAAGCCGUGCUGUCGACCUGCUACAACAAAACCAGUGAGAGCCGCGUGGUGAUGUGUGGGGCUGUAUGGAGGAUGCCCCCAGAGUGGGAGUCAGGGAGCCAUGAGACCCCAGACGACCCCCACAACUCCCACAACCCCCAGAACCUGGAACUCCUCUGUCACCUUGACAACAGAGCCCAUGGCAACGCCUCCAGUGUCCUGUGGGAGCCCAUGGGAGAUGGGAAGCGUGUGAUCUCUCUGGCUGAUAAUCACGCUCUGCUCUGGGACUUGACGGAGAGCUCAACCCAGGCCACGAUCUCCAGCAGUGCCACCCUAGAGGGUAAAGGUCAACUGAAGUUCACGUCUGGGAAGUGGAGUCCGCAUCACAACUGUACCCAGCUGGCCACAGCCAACGACACAACCAUCAGAGGCUGGGACCUCCGCACCAUGAGUCAGAUCUACUGUAUAGAGAAUGCUCAUGGGCAGCUGGUUCGAGACCUGGACUUCAAUCCCAACAAACAGUACUACCUGGCCAGCUGUGGGGACGACUGCAAGGUCAAAUUUUGGGAUGUGAGAAACAUCAACGAGCCAGUCAAGAGCCUGGAGGAGCACUCUCACUGGGUGUGGAGCGUGCGCUACAACCACUCUCAUGAUCAGCUGCUGCUGACCGGCAGCAGUGACAGCAGGGUGAUUCUGUCCAACAUGGUGUCCAUCUCCUCCGAGCCCUUCGGUCACCUGGUGGACGACGAUGACCUCAGCGACGGAGAGGAUAACCACCAGGACAAGAAGAGUAAGGAGCCCCUGCAGGACAGUAUCAUCUCUACCUUUGAGGAGCAUGAGGACAGUGUGUACGCAGUAGAGUGGUCCUCAGCAGACCCAUGGCUCUUUGCCUCUCUCAGCUACGAUGGCAGACUGGUCAUCAACAGGGUCCCCCGCGCACUCAAAUACCGUAUCCUGCUCUAGACGGACCACACGCUGGACCGACGACUGGACUCAUCACAGAGUGAAGGAGAGAGGGCGAGGUAUGAGGAGUGAUGGGGAGAGGGGGGAGCCGACCGUGUCCGACAGCCGUCAGGGGAGCCACACUCAGCAGACCCUGCACACACACUCUCUCUUUCUCUCUCUCUUUUUUCUCCCUCACUCACUCUCCCUCUCUCUCUCUCUCUCUCUCUCUCAUUUUCUCUUUCUCUCCCUCUCCCAUUCUACAAAAUAAUUGAUUACGCUACACAUUCCCCUUAAUGAUGCAGAUGACUGUAUGUUUGCUAGAACAGAGAAAAUACAAAGACAAACUGCUAUAUAUCUGUUCUGUAUAUUGUCAAUUAAAUGCUAUUUAUGUAUGCUGGA